CAAAUUUCACCUCAUAACGCACUAUGUACACAGUGCUGUAAAGGCUAGCAGCUCCGGCUGCUGCGUGUCUUCUGCUCUCCUCUCCAUUGAGCUGGCCAUCCAAAAUACCUUACACUGCCCAAUAUGGCACCUCCGAAAUCGCCUUGGAACAAGAUAGCAACAAAUGCCUCCUCUCAGAAUGCCUUCCCAGCCAUGGGGAUGGGAAAGUCUCCUACCAAGGAAAACAAACCUGCUACUCCGGCCUCUGCACCUGUGUCGGAGACUUACGCCAAAGCUCAAGACGACGAGAUAGAAGUAUUGCAAGCAAUCUUCCCCGAUGAGUACGAAGAGGUUGAGUUCAAAGGCGCUUGGAGCAAAACCACAGACCGCACUUUUCGCCUCCGGUUGAAGCCAUUCUCGGAAAGUGAUAUUGUCGCAGUCCUUUCAGUGAGGUUACUGGCCACGUACCCGAAGACGGUUCCAAUCCUCGUACUUGAGAAUGCAACUCAACUACGUCCAAAGACUCGCCAGAAGAUUGAGGCGCUAAUCAAGACGAAACCAAAAGAACUUCUGGGUGAGGUAAUGAUUCACGAAAUCGCUACGGCAAUUCAAGACAUACUUGAAGACGACGUAACAGCCCGGGAACACGAUGAGACGCUGCCGAGUCUUGAAGAAGAGCGAGCCGUUCACGAAGCGGCCGCGAAUCUGCUAGCCAAGGAACAAGAAGAAGAAAAAAUUAAGAAAAAGGUAGAAGAGAAAGCCGAAGAGGACCGAGUGAUGCAACAAAUGGUAGAAGAAGAGCUGCGGCGAAAGGAACUCAUGGUAAAACGAAGGAGCCGGCCCACAAUAGGUCAGACGCCUAGCUCCUCAGCAGCCGGAGUGUCUCUUCCUGCCCAUGUAACCUUCGAUCGUCUGGUAUCAUUGCAAGAUGACGGCAAUCGCAUUGACUUUGAUACCGUAACGGGCCUCACAAAGCUUCACCAGGGACCGGUGACGGAAGUGCUCCUAGUGCAACCUACAGGCUUUCGAGAUACCCUGCUUGCCCUUAAGAAGACUAAAGUGUACAGCUCUGAACCGAGCAGCGAGACCCGCCUCAAGAGAGCUAUUCUUGAAUUCGAAAACGAUCUCGAAGAACUCAAGAAGCUGAGGCAGUCAAAUAUCGUACACAUUCUCGACUUCAAGAUACAAAGGCUGGAUAACCAACCAAGUGGAGCGGCAUGGGACAUCAACAUCCUCACAGCGUUUGCCAAUCGAGGGUCGCUUCGUGAGAAGUUAGAAGAAGAUGGGUCAUUAGCAACUGAUAGAGUUCGUUCUUGGUCAAUUGAGCUACUAGAGGCGCUCGAUUUCUUUCACCGUAACGGUGUAGUCCAUAAGCGCAUUCAUCCAGGAAACAUUCUUCUUUGUCGACCGCCCAGUGGGGGCGCAACAUUCACGAAACUUGCAGACGCCGGGUACCAAGAGAGCCUCUAUAAUCUCAAAGAUCUUACGCGAGCCACUGCUCCGUUCUCGACGCCAAGGUCUGCAUUUUGGGUGCCGUCAGAGCUUUCGCAAGAGGUUUCAACCCGACGUACAAGAAAGACCGAUGUUUGGGACCUUGGCGUGGUAUUUCUCCAGAUGCUUUUUGGGCUUGGAACUCCGCAGAAGCACGCUUCACCUACGGCGCUCAUCACGGACCUUCAGCUGUCGGAUGCAUUGGGUGACAUAGUUCGAAAGUUCUUCAGACCAGAUCCCAAAAAGCGUCCGUCUGCUUUCGACUUAAUACCAUGCGAGUUCUUACGAAACGAUAUCCCGGUAUAUUUUCGGCCUAUUUCACCUGUCCAUUCGAGAACACCUUCAACUUCCUUUGCGAUUCAUGGCCGGCGAGCACGUCGAGAGUCGUCAACGGGGGUUCUAAAUCCAUUUUCGAGAUACGCAAGUGAGUGGGCGGAAGCUGGCCGUUUAGGGAAGGGCGGCUACGGUGAGGUUGUAAAGGCACGCAACAAGCUCGAUGGGCGCUUUUACGCCAUCAAGAAGAUCAAGCAGAACUCAGCCGCCGCGCUCACGGAAGUCUUGUCCGAAGUAAUGCUUCUGUCUCGUCUUAAUCACCCUUGUGUAGUACGUUAUUUCACGGCAUGGCCAGAGGAGGAGGCAACCACCGUAUCGGAAACUGACGGGGAAUCCUCAAAUACCUUCACUAGGGAUGAUUCGUCGGAAACGUCCCAAAGCGGGGAUUUUGUCGAAUUCGGAAGAAGCACUGGAGGACUCGACUUUAUAAGUUCCAAGACUGGUUUUGACGACGAGUCGGAUUAUGAGGACGACGAGGACGACGACGGGGUCGUAUUCGGCACAAGUGGUGAUGAAAAAGAGGACGGUGAUGGCACCAGCGGUUUCAAGUCCCUCCCAAAAGCAACGCGCAUCACUUCCAAUUCCCGCCCAGUCAAGACGACCCUAUACAUACAGAUGGAGUACUGCGAAAAGCAGACGCUUCGUGAUCUUAUACGGAAAGGGCUGUACGAAGAGCCUGAGGAAUACUGGAGACUUUUGCGUCAAGUCCUUGAAGGCCUUGCACACAUCCACGGCCACGGAAUCAUCCAUCGUGACCUUAAGCCAGACAACGUCUUCAUAGAUGUGGCAAAGAUUCCUAAAAUUGGCGAUUUCGGCCUGGCUACUAGUGGCCAGUACCAUCGCGUGGACAAAGGCGCAUCAUCUAGCAACAACAUCGACGGCGAUAUGACUCACAGUGUCGGAACGGCUUUAUACGUGGCACCGGAACUACGAUCAGGUGCCGGUGGUAGUUACAACGACAAAGUCGACAUGUACUCAUUAGGUAUCAUCUUUUUCGAGAUGUGCCACCCCUUGAAGACCGCAAUGGAACGCGACCAUGUCAUCAGAGCCUUACGAGAGAAGCAGCACACUUUACCUGAUGACUUUCAGGGAGCAGAAAAAGCACUCGAAGGCAGUAUCAUCACGUCUUUAAUCAGCCACCGACCUAGUGAACGCCCUAGUUGCGUGGAAUUACUCCGAAGCGGCAAGGUUCCUCUCCAAAUUGAAGAUGAAGCCAUUAAAGAGGCCUUGAAAGCCCUAUCCGACCGAAACUCCCCUCAUUACCAGAAGAUGAUGGCCGCGCUCUUCUCACAGAAACCGGACAACCAAGUCAAGGAUUUCGCAUGGGACAUGGGUACUGCUACCGGAGUGCACAGCCUGAAGGCUAGUGAUGUAGGGCUGCAAAAUCUUAUCGAAGAUCGCCUGUCUAUGAUCUUUCGAAGUCACGGCGCCGUCAAGACGCAGCGCCAGUUGUUGUUGCCUUGGGCUGAUCACUACUCGAACAGCAGCGUCGUCAAGCUUUUCGAUACGUCCGGCACACUAGUCCAGCUGCCAUAUGACCUGACAUUGCCGUAUGCGAGAAGUCUCGGCCGAGGAGCGCCGACCCUAGAAAAGACAUAUACCAUAGGAACGGUCUUUCGUAACAACUAUGCUAUUGGUGCCCCACGCAGCAAUGGCGAAGCCGAUUUCGAUAUCGUUUCUUACGACACCCUCGAUCUCGCUUUGAAAGAGGCAGAGGUUAUAAAGGUGAUAGACGAGGUCACACAAGACUUCCCUUCGCUGAAGUCCGCUCAGAUGUGUUUCCACCUGAAUCAUUCAGAUCUGUUGGAGCUCAUCUUAGACUUUUGUCGCAUCAACGUCCCGUUACGCCCAUCCGUUAAGGAAGUCCUCAGCAAGUUGAACAUCCAGCCAUUCACCUGGCAGAAGAUCCGGAACGAACUACGCGCCCCCGAGAUUGGCGUCUCAUCGACAUCAUUGGACGACCUUGCCAAGUUCGAUUGGAGAGACUCGCCGGAGAAGGCCUUUGCUAAGCUACGAAGAACCUUCGAAGGCACGAAGCACUUAGAACAGACACAUGCUGUGUUUGCUCACUUGAAGACUGUCAUCGCCUACAUGAAAAACUGGGAUGUGAAGCGCAAAGCAUACAUAUGCCCGCUUAGUAGUGUGAACGAGAAGUUCUAUUCCGGCGGCAUCCUAUUCCAGUGCCUGUACGAUAGUAAGCGUCGCGAAGUCCUCGCGGCUGGAGGACGAUACGAUCGGCUCAUCGAAGAGUACUGCCCCAAGGGCCAGUCGCAGCUUACCGGAACUCACGCUGUAGGUAUGAACUUGGGCUGGGAUCGACUUAUCAGUUCAAUGGCCAGAUACCUGAAGAACCCACCGAAGAGCCAUUUCCUGAAGAAGGGCGCGGCAUCAAAGGAUGGCGGCGACGAAGAACCAGAGCAUUCCUGGAUACCUCGCCGCUGUGAUAUACUAGUUGCUAGCUUUGAUUCCACUAUCCUUCGAUCCACCGGUGUCAAACUUGUCUCAAGUCUCAUAUGGCAAGGUUUCAAUGCUGAGCUCGCUCGAGACGCUCGCUCACCCGAAGAGCUCCUCUCUCACUACAAAGACGACAACAUCAGCUGGGUGGUGAUCAUCAAGCACGACGCUUCCGCAAGCGGCAAGCCCGACAUCAAAGUCAAGAGCAUCGACAAGAAGGAAGACACGGAUAUCCGCAGUACCGAGCUUCUUUCUUACUUGAAGGCCGAAAUCCGCGACCGGGACCAGCGCGAAGGCGCCAGUCUUCAACAACGCCAUGCACUCUCUCGAACCAUCAGUGGGAAAGACGACAGCUCAUCUUCCUCGCCGAAAGCAGAUGUAGAUGUCCUAGUCGCAGAGCGCAAAUCCAAGAAGACCAACAAAUGGGGCAUAAUCGAGGCCGCCCGGUCUCGCUCCAGUGAUUUACUUGACACGUUCAAGUCGGCGCCUAUUGCUGCUAUCGAGACGAAGGACGAGAUUAUGGACCUGGUGAGGGAUACGAGGCUGAGCGAUCCGGAUAGCUGGAGGCGUGCGAUCCAGAGCUUGCCGUUGGUGGAGCGGAAGUAUCUGCAGGACCUGCACGAUUUGCUCCUUAAGUAUGCUAGUAAGUGGCGGGAGGAGAAGGAUAGUCUCAGGACUGGCGAAGGCGGGAAGGCGUUCGUCUACAAUUUCAGGACGCAGGGGUGCUUACUUUACGAUUUGGAGGCAUGA